CCACCUUAAGAGGUGGACUUUUACCCUGGUCUCAAAGCUUCAGACAACAUUCACAGGAGGUCGCCUUAUCCAAGACAAUAUCAUUAUUGUCCAUGAAGUUUCACACCAUUUCAAGAACCCUAAACUGGAUAAUAGAAGAUAUAUGUUGCUUAAACUGGAUAUGAAGAAAGCUUAUGACAUGGUUGAUUGGGAGUGUCUUGAGACUCUCAUUAGAAGAUAUGGGUUCAAUGAGAAAUGGUGAAAAUGAGUUAGCGCUUGUAUCCGCUCAGUCAUCUUCUCGGUACCUUUUAAUGGAGAAGCUUCAAAAAGCUUAUGUCCCUCAAGAGGCAUUAGACAGGGAGAUCCUCUUUCCCCCCUUUUUUUCAUCUUAAUGUCUAAUGCACUCGCUUUCCUUAUUGACAAAGCAGUGGCUGAUGAUCGCAUCAAGAGAAUUAAGCUUAACACGAGAUGCCUUAUCCUCACUCACUAUCUUUUCGCUGAUGACACAAUCAUCUUUGGAAAAGCUAGCAUUCAAGAGGCUAAAAAAAGUCUGGAUAUUAUCAACGAUUAUGGGUCAAUCAAUGGCCAGGAAUUCAACAUCAACAACUCAUCUAUUUUCUUCAAUGCAAAUGUUUCAGCGGAGGAGAAGAAUGAUGUCAUCAAUCAGAUUGGUUUUUCGCCCUCCAACUGCGGCUGUUGAAGCAGCGGAGGAGGCGACGACAGUGACGUCGUUGGCCCGAACAGCAGCAGUUGUCUUUCCUGCAUCAAAACCCCCAUCGCUUGCCCUGGUUUUAGGUGGCCUUGCUGAACUUCCCAAGCAGCCUAGAACGCCAUCGCCUGCGGAAAGGAAGGGAACAGAUUCCAUUAACAAGCGCUCAUCUCCAGAAGUAUCUUUCGACCCAGAAGGAACAAGCUUCAACCCCAUAGCUGAUGGCGAGGAUACUCGCAAACCUGAACCCGACGGCCUCGUUGGGUUCGAGAGAGACAGAGAAAGCAGACUCGGAGCUGGAGCAGAAAGAGGCGAUAUGGUGUGUGAUCUUCCGGGACGAGAAUGUCACCGCGUAUGAUGCUACACCACCGCUUUGCGCCUUGGCGGCCGAGAUUCCGGUUAAGAGAAGCUUGGAAACCUGUUCGAAGAUGUCAGAUCUCUGCGUCAACGACAAUCGAGGACCCGGGGCGGAGCUGGGGACUGAGCGACGAAUGGCGGCGGUCCGAAUUGCGCUGACGCCGCGAUCUGCUGUCGAGGCGAUGACAAUGUCGAAGCUGGAGGAGGCAGAGCAGAUCUCCCGGGGUUCUUCUCCUGCAGAGCAUAUGUCGCGGAGGGAUUCGCGAUCAGCGGUCACUCAAUUCGCAGUGACGGAACUGAGGACCCCAAUGACAGCGCUGACCGUUGGGGAGCUGAUGGCUAUCAUAGUGGAUGCGACGUCGCUGACGACGCGAGGCGCAGGGUGGACUUUCAGUUGGAGAAUCGGGCCUCUCGGGCAGAGGAAUUGGUUGCCGACGAGGAACAGGGAGAAUGAGGGCGGUGAGUUUCCUCGCUCGACGCCAGAAAGUGAGAAGACAGGGGUUGCCGGAGUGUGGCCGCCGUCCACUCAUCUAGAGAGCUGGUCGCCGGCGGAGGGAAGGGCAGCGGAGCUGCCGGCGAGCGACGCGACGAGGGAGAGUGGCUGCGAUCCUCUCGCAAAACCUAGGUCGGCUACCCUGGGCCGCGGAGAGCAGCAAGAGAGAUAUGGGCCGGGUCGCGCUACUACUCUGGUCUCUGGGGCUUUUAGGUCGUGAGGAAAUGAGCAGAAAGCAAGCUAGCGAAGCAGGCCAGCUGGAGAAGGGAGUUUUGCUGAGCCAGAGAUUGGGCCGACGCGAGCUGGGUCAAGGAUUGGUGGCGGGCUGAAUAAAAAAGAAAAGGGCAGUUGGGUUUGAGUGAAAGAUGGGCCGCAUUUUCAAAUCGGAAGUGGGCCUCCAUUAGGCUGUUUGGUUAAAUCUCUCUUAUAUGGAGCAGGCUUGAAAGAAAAGGAAGGUGGGUUUGAAUGCUUCGCGGGUGGGCUUCGAAAAGAGAGUGGCUCAAAGGCAAUUGAAGAUUCAAUGAAGCCAUCUUAUGAGCUAAAUUCAAGAAAGAGAUAUGAGGGUAAUGAUGAGUUAGUAAGGAUAAAUUCUUGUACGAGGAAAUCCUUUUAGAUUUCUUAAGUUGCCGGAGAAUGAUGCCAACGAAAGGGAAGCUAUUGGCGUUUGAACUUGCCACAGAGGCAAAUAGUGGGCCCAUGAUUAGUAAGGAAUUGGAGCAUGAUUGGAAGAAAAGAAAGCGCUAGAGAUGGAGGAGCGAAGCCGUGGUUCGCACGGACGACGUGAUCAAGUUGGCCGAGUCGAUCAACCUUGAGGGCAAGGUUGGUCUCUAAUUCUGUUCUCAAUCCCUAAAUCCCCAAUUCCCGAUAGAACCCUAAUCUCAGGUUCUAUCAAACUGCCAUUCAAAAUAUCUUGGAGUCCCAACCGAAUGAGGAAAUUAAAAAAAAUAGAAACUUUCUACUUCCUCAUCCAAAGGAUGAAGAAUAUGGGGUAAGCUUGGAAGAGUCGGAUUCUUUCACAUGGAGGGAAGGAAGUACUCCUCAAGUUUGUUAUCCAGGCCAUCCCGUCUUUCAUCAUGUGCCUCUUCCUUCUGGAAGUCUCCCUUACUAAGAAAAUGGUCACUCUACUCAGCAAUUUUUUCUGGUCAGGGUUAAUGCAGAAAAAUUCUCUUCAAUGGUGCAGGAAGGAAAUCCUUUGCACACAUACCUCAAAAGGUGGUUUGGGAUUCCGAAGCUUUAGAGACUUCAAUCUGACCCUCCUUGUCAAACAAGCUUGGAGGCUUCUCACUAAUCCUGAUUCUAUGUGGAGUCGCCUGCUUAAAGGAUUGUACUUCCCUAGAGGCAAUUUCCAUACAACGAAAAAAGGAAGCAAACCUUCGUGGAUCAGGGCUUCCCUUUGGGAAUCCAUAAAAGUCAUUGAUUUGGGAGCGAGUAGAGUGAUUGGGUCAGGAAAUGAUACAUGGAUUGAUCAAACACCUGGGAUUGAGGAUACAUGGAUUGAUCAAGACCCUUGGGAUUGAUCAGGUCGCCUGCUUAAAAAGUUAUGCACAAUAAAAAAACUUUAUGACGUUUGCAUUGAGGAGCAACCAGACUCUCAUACCAAUUGUUACGUGGAUUCUUUGACUAUAACUUCCCACACAACGUCUGUCGCAAGAAUUGAACGAUAAACUAAAGAAUAGAUUUAGGACGAAGAGAAAUAGAGGAUGGCAUGAGUAAAACUAUAAAUCUAUCUAGGUUCCAAUCUUUUAAUGAAAUUAAAUGAAAGAC